AUGCGGCCCACUCAAACCUCAACAUUCGCUCCAAAAACCCCAGAGCUUUCUAUAAACUCCAUAUUUAACCGUCGCCGUGCAUCCACAAACACCUCAUCAGAACCCUCCGACUCUGCCGAAACAAGCGUCACAGGAGCGCCCGAUAUCACAAAUUAUUACACAAUCUUCACCCGGACAAUCCCCACCGGGCCCCCACCAGCUUCAAGCUUCGAUAUUUCAGCCAGCGAUCUUCGUCGCGAAUUUCUUCAAUUGCAAGGUCUAGUGCACCCAGACAAAUACCCCGCCGGUGAAAUAAAGCAACACGCCGAGGCGCUAUCAGCCCGCAUCAACGAGGCUUACCGCACUCUUCUAGACCCGCUCCAGCGGGCACAAUAUCUCCUGCGAGAAUGGCAUGGAAUUGAUGUUACUGCCGAAGAUGCAUCAACUAAGCACGCACUUGAUGCCGAGACCCUGAUGGAGGUUAUGGAGGUACAAGAAACAAUUGAGGAAGUCGGCGCUUCGCCGGAAGCUGAAGAGGAAAUUAAUUCAUUGAAGCAGGAGAACAAGGCGCGCAUUCAGGCGUGUGUAAAGUCUUUGGGUGCCGCUAUUGAUCGCGGGGAUAUCGAGAAGGCAAGACAGGAGUGUGUGCGUUUGCGCUUUUGGUACAGUGUUGGCGAGGGCCUUCACGAGUGGCAGCCUGGCCAUACGGAGAUUCGUCUUGUUCACGGCCACUAA